AUGCUCACAUUGUGCUGCUCAGGUGAGUGUGACCCAGCCAGCCGCUCAAUCAGUCUCUCCUGGGGACACGGCGACAUUGUCUUGUACACUUACUGGGUUCAGUAUAGGUGA